AAAAAUACACUCGAUGCGGGUAGCCGACACGCCUGAGCGCUAUCCGCUCCCGAUUGCAGAUUUGGUUCUUGCGCGAUAGGCAAAUAUGUGCGUCCUAGUUAUGCUGCGAAAGCUGCCUGCGGCACCGGUUACCAUUGGUAUGACUAGCAUCGUUCUGGGUAGUGUCGCGAGGUGUUUCGUUGCGUUUUUAGCCUGUGUAUUAAAGAAUUCCAAUAACAGAGACCUUUUUGUGCCAAAACGAGAGUCCUACAUGGUCACAGAUAUGCAUCAACAAGCUUAUAAACAAAAUAUACUUGAAAAUCGUGAACAAAAAAGAAGUGCAAUACAAAACUAAUAUAGAAACAUGUUAAUUUUUUGGAAAAAAGGAAAGGAGUGUUUGAAAAUACAGCGAAAUGCGCCAAUUUGGGAAGCACAGUUCUAG